GCGCCCAGAGCAUGCCGGACCGGGUAGGGUGGGUCUCGCAGGUUAGUCAGUUAUUUCCUGCUUUCGGACAACCAAAUAAUAACCGCGUCAGUUGGUCUUUCCCCAUUACCGAUCGAACUUGCAAUGUCAAAUGCGUCUUGAUAAACAAACAUAUCGUCCGUGAUCGCCAUGGGAACAUGCUGUAGUCGACAGAAGUACGACGAGGGGUCGAGAGAACUGCGCACCCAGCUGCAGGACAACCAAAAUGGUGUGGCUACCAGCGGGACAGGAUCCGCCAGCCCGCAAACUCCAUCGUCCCCCUCCACAGGAACUGCGCCAGGUACGGGUCUCAUAGACCUCCCGACAGCGCCUGUCGGGACACAGAGUAAGAUCUUCGUGGCAUUGUACGAUUACGAUGCACGCACGGAGGAGGACUUGAGUUUUAAGAAGGGGGAUCACCUCGAAGUGAUCAACGACAGUACCGGGGACUGGUGGCUGGCGCGGACGCUGAAGCAGGCAGCUCCGGGGGUCAGGAAGGAGGGAUACAUUCCGUCAAACUACGUCGCCAAAGUCAGGAGUAUCGAGGCAGAACCAUGGUACUUUGGGAAGAUCAAGCGAGUUGAAGCAGAGAAGAUGUUACUGAUGCCUCAGAACGAGCAUGGGUCAUUCCUUAUAAGGGACAGUGAAAGCAGACGUAGCGACUUCUCUUUGUCGGUAUUUGUCCCCACAGUAAGAGAUGGAGACACAGUAAAACACUACAGGAUUCGCCAGCUGGACGAUGGAGGUUUCUUCAUUGCCCGGCGAUGCACCUUCAACACGUUAGCAGAGCUGGUAUCACAUUACUCAAAAGAUGCAGAUGGGCUGUGUGUGAAUCUACGAAGACCUUGUGCAACGAUUGAAAAACCAACAACAGCAGGUCUGUCCUACAACACAGUAGACCAGUGGGAGAUCCCUCGCUCCUCACUGCAGAAGGUGCGUAAGUUGGGAUCUGGUCAGUUUGGUGAAGUGUGGGAGGGCCUGUGGAACAGUACCACUCCAGUGGCAAUCAAGAUGUUAAAAACAGGCACCAUGGACCCAGGAGAGUUCCUACAGGAGGCUAACAUCAUGAAGAAGUUGAGGCAUCCCAAGCUGGUCCAACUGUAUGCAGUCUGCACACUGGAGGAACCCAUCUACAUUGUAACUGAGCUGAUGAAAAAUGGCAGUCUGUUGGACUUCCUGCAUGGAAAAGGGAGGCAGUUGAAGCUGCCACAGUUGAUUGACAUGUCAGCACAGAUCGCUUCCGGCAUGGCCUACUUGGAGUCACAGAACUACAUCCACAGAGAUCUGGCAGCAAGAAACAUACUGGUGGGGGAGAACAACAUCGUCAAAAUUGCAGAUUUUGGGCUGGCUAGACUGGUGAAGGAUGAUGAGUAUUCUGCCAGAGUAGGUGCCAAGUUCCCCAUCAAGUGGACUGCCCCAGAAGCUGCAAACUACAACAGAUUCACCAUCAAGUCCGAUGUCUGGUCCUUCGGUAUCCUGCUUACAGAGCUGAUCACAUAUGGUAGAGUUCCCUAUCCAGGCAUGACGAAUGCAGAAGUGCUGCACCAGGUGGAGCAUGGCUACAGGAUGCCGUGUCCCCAGGGCUGCCAGGAGAGCCUGUACCAGAUCAUGCUGGAGUGCUGGAAGAAAGACGAGUGGGAACGACCCACCUUCGAAACCCUGCAGUGGAAACUUGAAGACUACUUCCAGCUGGAUUCAACACAAUAUCAUGAUGCUGCUGCUGUUAAUUAGUAUCAGUGUCACAUUAGCUAGGACCAAGUUACUGUAUACACAGUUACAGAGACUUUUACAGCAGAUGGACCAUAGGUUAUGCCUCUCUUUCUUUUAGAAUAUCAUGAAAAGUCUUUGAGAUGUAUGCUGGCUUUUAUAUGCAGCUAUUGCAAUCCUUCAGCUUUUAAACAGACAAAACAUAUAUUCGUGCCAAUUCUGCUGUGACCAUAUGAUUGGGGUUGUGAUCAUGCGAUUCCCAUUGUCAACAUUUUUAAGGUUUUGUAAGGAAAAGCCAAAUCCAUGUUGAUGGCACAAAUAAGAGAGACAAGGCUUUCUUUUAGAUGUGGAACACAGUUUCAAACAGCCUUUCUUUGGGAUAGUGCUCUAUCUAGGCUAGCUAUCAUUUUACUUGUAGAUGUUAUUUGAUAAGAAUAUGAAGGAUCAAAGAAAAGCAAGUAUCGUUUAGUGGAGUUGUGGUUUCUUUGGGUACAAUACAAAGCCAGACCAGGGAAAUUUUUUGCAGAACAGUCUUCCCUUCAGUCAUCACGUAAAUGUUAACACUGUUGACAAUGGGUCAUUUAUAUUGACACAGUACUGCCUCAUUGCCAUGAUUUUAUAUUCCAAAGGAAUGAUCAAAGAGAGUUUCAGCUACAAUUUGUACCUGGUGGCAUUUCAUGGGAACUUCUGUUGUCCCUAUACUAUAUAAUUUGUGACAGAACAUGUGAUAUUAGGUCAAGUGUGUAGAGACAUGGGUCCCAGCAGGCCUAAGCACAAGGUAGCAUAUCCAGAAGGGCUGCUGAACUUAACCCAGCUGUUCAAAAACUACACUUAUUUUAGAAUCAGUAAUGUGAGUAUUUGUUGGAAAUAUCUUUUCUAUGGUAAUGUCAAUCUGUAGCUAGUUACUGUCUGUUAUGUAAUGUUCCUCUUCCACUAGCCCUUUUGAAAGGCACCAGGAUUCAAACUUUGGAACUAAGAUGUUCUCAAGUGAGAUGUAUAAAAUCACCCAUGCACAAAAUUUCACGUUAAGAGGUCCAAAAGCCGUAUGCGAUUAUUGUGAAAUCUACCCAGUAGAAAAGACCAAGGAUGUAAUAAUCCUCAAAUUUUUUAUGACUGUUCUUGACUAUCCUUAUAUGCAAUGUGAAUAACUAGAUUCCUGGCCUUAAGACAAGAAGGCCUAGUGUUGCCCUUUUUUGUCUUUGUAGCCAAACUAAGAUGCACAAUAGCGAACCUGGGUACUGGUAGGAAAGGUACCUUUAUAUAGCAACUUCUUGGGGCUUAAAGUUCUGCAAGGUAAAUUUUUGGCUAAGCUGUAGAAUGAAGAGAGAAUGUCUGUCUGUCUGAAUGUAUAUACGUAAGUACAACUACAUGUAAUCCCUCAUACUACAGUCAUAUAAUCAGUGUUUAUAUAGUGUACUAUCAAUGUUCAUAAUAUGUUCUUGUACAUUUUGACACAGUGUAGUUUUGUUUUGUUAUAUCAGAGUAUCUGUCAAAUUUAACCCAUAGUUAUUCAUCCAUGUACACGUCAUGCAAUGUCUCAAAACUUGUAGCAGAAGGUAGUAUAAGGGCUUACUACAAAUAAUUGGGAUACUCAAAACUAACAAUUGCAGUAUGGAGGCCUGAAUGUCAUAAUGUACAGUUUGAGUAGUCUACUAUUAUGUGUUUUGUGUUUUUAACAUCUUAUAUAAAUUGUUACAAUGCAAGUGCCUUUUGUUUACAAUUAGGUAUUGACGUACGGAUGUAUUUUAUGGCAUUUGCUAUUUUGAAUAGUGGGUUUUUAAAAAUUUACAGGACAGCCAUUUCUUUGAAAGUCAUGAAUAAUGUAAGCAAAAUAAAUAUUAAUUGAUUUCAAA